UCUAGAAGUAGCAAGGAGUUGGACUGUUGCCUCUUCCUCCUUUCUCUCUCUUCAUCGGAGGGAGGUCCGCACGCAGUCUUCUACUCCUCCGCCCUUGGGUUCCCCACGCGGACGCGGAGUGCGCCUCCCCUCCCCUGCUCUCUCCUCGGCAAGGAGAGAACGGGAGCGAGCCAUGCAAAGCUGCUUCCCCUGCCUCGGGGGCGCCAAGAAGAAGAGGCCGCCGGAGAAGCCUCAGAUCCCGCCAUCCUCAGAGAAACCCAACCUGGGGCCGUCGCCCAGUGUAACGAAGCAGGACUCGUUGGAGGUGAACAAGGACGCUGCAAACAAGGACAUCGUCUUGAGCAAUGGAUCUGACCACGACCAAAUCGCUGCGCAGACCUUCACUUUCAGGGACCUCGCGGUGGCCACAAGGAACUUCAGACCCGAUUGCCUUCUUGGUGGGGGUGGAUUUGGCCGAGUGUAUAAAGGCUAUCUGAACUAUCUCAACCAGGUUGUUGCUAUAAAGCAGCUUGACCGUAACGGAUUACAAGGCAACAAGGAGUUUCUUGUUGAAGUUCUGAUGCUGAGCUUGCUGCAUCACCCAAAUCUUGUCAGCCUUAUUGGCUACUGUGCCGAUGGCAAUCAGAGGCUCUUGGUUUAUGAAUAUAUGCCUCUAGGUUCUCUUGAGGAUCACCUUCAUGAUCCUUCCCCAGAUAAGGCACGGCUUGACUGGAAUACAAGGAUGAAGAUAGCUGCGGGUGCAGCGAAAGGGCUAGAGUAUUUGCAUGACAAAGCCAGUCCUCCUGUCAUAUACCGUGAUUUGAAAUGUUCGAACAUCUUGCUUGGAGAGGGUUAUCACCCAAAGCUUUCUGAUUUUGGAUUGGCAAAGCUUGGUCCAGUUGGUGAUAAAACUCAUGUUUCCACAAGAGUGAUGGGGACAUAUGGGUAUUGUGCCCCUGAGUAUGCUAUGACCGGACAAUUGACCCUAAAGUCAGACAUUUAUAGCUUUGGUGUUGUCCUUUUGGAGAUCAUUACAGGACGAAGGGCUAUUGAUAACACCCGAGUCGCGGGGGAGCAAAAUCUUGUUGCAUGGGCCCGGCCCUUGUUCAAAGACAGGAGGAAAUUUCCCCUGAUGGCUGACCCUGCACUAGAGGGUCAGUAUCCGUUAAGGGGAUUGUACCAGGCCCUUGCUGUCGCUGCGAUGUGUGUUCAAGAGCAACCGAGCAUGAGACCGCUGAUUGGAGAUGUGGUCACAGCUCUCACUUACCUUGCCUCCCAGACCUACGAUCCGGAGGCGCAUGGCAUUUCGCGCAUGGUGGCUCCAGGCACGCCACCACGGACUAGGACCAGGAGUCGAAGCCAUGGCUCCGUGGAUCAGAGAGGAAGCGGCUAAGCAAGGUGAUGGAUGGUUUGGGAAGCCCAGAAUUUUGGUAAGCAUCUAAUCUCGAGGUGUGUGGGAGCAGGAGCCGGCAGUCCAUGCCCGUGGAGAUGGAGAGGGGAUUUUGUUUUGGUUUGCUGGAACGGAAGGCAUCAGUUCGCAGAGACAUGGAUGGUCUGGUCUCUGGUGUAUUCCUCUGUGAGAUGACGAUGUAUGUUAAAAAGCUUGGAAUGCCUAGCGUUCCAUUUCAUCAUCAUGUUAAAAGGGUACAAGUGCUGUACAUAUGUGAUCUCUCGGUCUGCGUGUAUUUCAUUUCCGUCCGCGGAAUAAUUGCGAUCAAUACAGUAGGGUAAUAACUUUACUGCAGCCGGCCAUAAUUUGUAAUUUUAUCAGUA